AUGCUUCAACCUCUAAUCGAUUCCUCGCUUGUCACGACGGCCACGCUUCCGCAUCCGUGGCUAGUCGUCAACUACCUCCGCAAGAAGAAUCCCUCCAUCGUCUUCAUCCAGCUGCAAUGGGUCAACUAUUCAGGUGUUCCUAGUGCGAGCGUGCACGUCCUGGAAGAAUAUCUUGUCACCUUAAGACAUGGUGAAUAUAUUACAUGUCCCGCUGGCAUUCCACUACGCCAUGAACCACACGCUUUACCCAGCUGCCGAUCCAAUCUCCGUCAACUGGCUAAUUCCAGAUUGGUCAUCCGCUACUCUGAGCGCCAGUCCAAGCCCUAUGACAGUGAUGUGUGA